GAUGAUGCUGAUUUUCCUCGUCAUCGGACUCAUACUUCUACCAGAGGGCCACUCUGUAAUACAACCUCACGACGAUGCGAUGAGAAAUCUCUUUUAUCACACGGGGACCUGCAGCACCCAACACGCCAGGGACAAGGAAACGGACCCUGAUUACUACUCCUCCAACUCAGGAAUGCCACACGACCCUUCCGGUCUAGGUUUCAUGGCGACACACGGCACACAUCGGUUCGUGGCGAUGCAUGAGCAGACCGCUUUAUUAGUUGGAGAGGGUAAGCAUGGUGUUUGGAGAUUUCAGGAGAAUGGGUUUAUCAGGGUGUAUCGGGGACGAGGUAAAAAAGGAGUACCGGAGGAGAAGAAGGAAAUGGUUUUAAUUGACGCGAGGGACUUGAAAGAUAUUAAAAAAGAAACGCAGUCCAAAGAACAAAAGCAGACUGAAAGAUUACUUGAAAUUCUAAGUAUGAAUUACAAGAAUAUCGACCCUAACCAUAAGUUUGAUUACGCUUUUGGAGAUGAGGUUUCGGAGGAAGGAUGGCUGAAUUGGAUUGAUUUGCCGAUCUAUCACCCUAAGUUUGGGGAAAAAUAUGAUGAUCAUGUUCCUAUCGAACUUCCUCUCUAUUACUGCCAGAUGUCAAGUGCAGACUUUCCACACAUGGGAGUCACGUGGCACAUCAUGAAGGCACAACCUAGAGCUAACGAGGUCGGUCCUCUUGGUAAGCGAGCAGGGGUUGAUGUUCGAGAGAACUUUAACGAUGUAAUCCGAUUCCACCGCUUUCCCGAUGCAGGAGUUUGGGCAAACAUUGGUCAGGGAAAUCCUGACACUGAUAAGAUGCCUAAAACGUUAAGGGAGCUGACGGAAAGGGCGCAAACCGUGAAUUGGCAACGGAUAGACCUGGAGAAAAUAGAUAUUGAAGUGUACAUUAUGGAAAGAUCUUACCAUAAUGCACCUGAAACAUACCUCUCAAUGUUAUUUGUUAUGGAGGAUACCAGUGGGGAAACACACCAGACCUGCAUUCGACCUGAUGGGAAAUAUUACGAGGGUUUGAUGAGAAGAAACCACGCGAUUAAGAACACAGUGCCGGAUAACUUUCCAAGCAUACCCAUUGAGGGGGAAGCUGGAGCAAAACAGGUUUACGGAUUAGCAGCGUACGGACAUCACCACAUGGCUCGAAUUGCCAGUGGUUUGACAGGCGGUGGCUGCCCUAACAAAGGUGGUGAUGUCUCCGUAUACCCCUGGGGGGAUGCUGGUUCUGGCUGGCCCACCAACUACGAAGAAAUCACACCACUUUGCGAUGGUUUUGUGAUUGAUAUUAAGACUUGGGCUAACCUGGAUAGAACGUGGAAUGACGAUGGAAUGUUCCUUGGAAAUGCUGGUCAUGAAUUUGAGGAGCAAACUGAAGUGUUAUAUCAAGCUCAUGCCAACUUUUACGGGAGAUUCACUGAUCCGUGGAAUGCAGGAAAAAUAAAUCCGUACACGUUGGAUUUAACGGAAGAUCACAGAAUUCAGGAAAAUCCUGGAACUGACUUUUCCGCAGUUCCUGUGGUUGAUUUUACCAUUGAUUUUGGUAAAAUUGGCAAAGUGAAUGACUAUGUAAAUGUUGAACUGGAUCUUACGGAGAGGCAGUGUAUUCCUGAUGAGUUGGAAAACAAAUUUGAUGGUGUUGUAAUAGACGAAGAGAUUGUGAAACUAGUUAAUCAUUCGAUUGUGGACUCAGAUUAUAUGCAUAGAAUCCGAGAGUCUUUAUUUAACCACACAGGAGCUUGUAACACUCAGCAUGGAAGAGAGAGGGACGAUCCCUAUUACUACCAUUCCAAUUCGGGGAUGCCUCACGACCCUUCCUCUUCUGGUUUCAUGGCGACACACGGCACACAUCGGUUCAUGUCAAUGCAUGAGCAGACCGCUUUGUUAGUUGGAGACGGAAAGCAUGGGGUCUGGAGAUUCCAGGAAAAUGGUUUUAUCAGAGUUUAUCGUGAGCAAGGAAGAGAGGGUGUUCCUGUGGAGAAAAAAGAAAUGGCGUUAGUUGAUCUGAGGGACAAAGAAACGGCUGAACAGGACGACGACAUUAGAAAAUUACUGGAGAUUCUUGAAGAGCACUACAUGAACAUCGACCCCAAAUAUGAAGCUGAGUUUAACUACACUUUUGGAGAUGUAGAGGUUUCGGAGGAAGGAUGGCUGAAUUGGAUUGAUUUGCCGAUUUAUCACCCUAAGUUUGGGGACAAAUAUGAUGAUCAUGUUCCUAUCGAACUUCCUCUCUAUUACUGCCAGAUGUCUUCACCAGACUUCCCACACAUGGGAGUCACGUGGCACAUGAUGAAAGUGCAGCCAACAGCGAAUAAAGUCGGCCCUCUCGGUAAAAGAGCUGGUAUAGAUAUCCGAGAAAAUUUCAACGACGUCAUCCGAUUUCAUCUAUUCGAUGACGCUGGAGUGUGGGCAAACAUAGGUCAGGGAAACCCAGAAACUGACAUGAUGCCGAAAACUCUUGAAGAGCUGAGACAAAGAGUGCAUACUGUAAACUGGCAGAGAGUUGAUUUAAAUAAAGUAGAUAUAGAAGUUUACGUCAUGGAGAGAUCUUACCAUAAUGCACCUGAAACAUACCUCUCAAUGUUAUUUGUUAUGGUGGAUACCAGUGGGGAGACACACCAGACCUACAUUCGACCUGAUGGGAAAUAUUACGAGGGUUUGGUGAGAAGAAACCACGCGAUUAAGAACACAGUGCCGGAUAACUUUCCAAAGAUUCCCAUGGAGAAAGAAACUGAACCGAAACAGGUGUACGGCUUGGCAACAUUCGGACAUCAUCACAUGAACAGAGUCAAGUUUGGUUUGACAGGUGGUGGCUGCCCUAACAAAGGUGGUGACGUCUCCGGUUACCCCUGGGGGGAUGCUGGUUCUGGCUGGCCCACCAACUACGAAGAAAUCACACCACUUUGCGAUGGCUUCUUGAUAGAUAUAAAGAGCUGGGUUAACUUGGAUAAACCAUGGAGCGAGGAUGACAUGUUCCUUGGAAACGCUGGAAACACGUACACAAAUCAGACCCAGGUGCUGUUUCAAGCACAUGCCAAUUUCUACGGCAGAUUUACGGACCCCUACAACGAAGGAAAAACAAAUCCACACGAGAUGGAUAUGACGGAAGAUCACGAGAUCCAGCAAGAUCCGGGAACAGACACUUCGGAGGUUCCGGUGGUCAAUUUCACUAUUGACUUUGGUAAAGUAGGCGAAGUGAACGAGUUUAACGCUGUCAUAUUGAAUCUCGAGCCAAGACAAUGCCUGAAACCCGAUGAGGAAUGUAUAAUGGAAAUAAACGCAGCUUUCAAUCACCCGACCGAAAAGUACGGUUACGUCAUAUCACGUGAUACUUACGUUAGGCUAGAAGCUGAUGAUAGCAACCUCCCGGUGGUAUCGGCAGGGUACCCUCUGAACGUAGCUGAACAAUGGCCAGGAAUUGAGGGGGUUGUGGACGCAGCCUUUACUGACUACAACAACGGUAAAACAUUCUUCUUUGUUAAAAGCGAACCAAGAAGGACAGUGUACUGCUGGAAUUGGAAUGAGUCGGAGAUGGAGAUGGAUGGAGAAGAUGAAGGGAGCACUGCUUUUGCUGGUCUUCCCCAGGGUGAAAUCAAGGGAAUGGCAAGUUAUCGCGACUAUGUCGUGUUUAUGUUCGAGAACGAGUAUUACUUGUGGAUAUCACAGACUGGACUCCACGAGGAGGCUCAAACAUGGGCCUCUCUGACUGGAGAUAAAUCAGUACAUGUGAGUGGGGAAUUCGAUGCUUUUUUGAGUGGAUAUUUCCACACUGGGAGUCAAGAAGCAGUGGAGAAACACGUACUUGAAAGUGUGUGGCGAUUCCUCCGCCCUGCCGGAUGCGCCAAGUGAUAGCUUGUUAUUAUAUGAUUUACGUCCUUAGUUUUUGCUAGUUGGCCCUUUUUAUGAUAUUUUUACCCCCUUUGGCACAGUUCUUCAGGAGUGUUUCCCUUCAUGUUUUCUGUUCCUUAGACCAAACAGGGGCGUGAGCUGCCCGCCCUAGCUACGGUACGAGAAGCAGCGGCAGUGUGUGAUCCGGUUAUAAAGAGUGUUCUUGGAACAACAGCACUCUGCUUGGCUGCACUGUGACAGUGGGAGAACAUUAGUUCAUGUCACCUAACGCCCGCUUAACCUUGGCAGCCCCAAGGCAUCUGGUUGGUGAUGGUUCCCAGGGCUUUUUCAGUUGGAGUCGGCUGUUAAGUUUGUCCUGUAAAUUCUUGACUUAAGAAAGGAAAUAAAAUAUAUAACAUCACAUCCAACACUUGGAUUCAUCCCAACAGUAUUAUUUCCCCUGAUAUAACACCGUGUAAUAAGUCAAGAUGUCUCACCUGUAAACCAUUCAAGUCAAGUAAUAUUUUCACCAGUUACGUUACUAAUAAUUCUUUCAUGUUAACUCACUCUGAAUCCUUUUCUUGUAAAUCUUCUUCUAUUAUCUAUCUCCUCACUUGUUCUUGUGGUAUUCAAUAUGUUGGGCUCACAGAACAGCGCCUUAAUGAACGCAUGAAUGGACACCGUGCUUCGGUUAAAGCCGGCAAAUCCUCCUUUGUCCAUGACCACUUUAAUACUCCCGGUCAUAAUUUUCAUGACGCCUCCAUUCAAAUUAUUGAUUUUAUUGACCCUUCCUCUACUGAAGACCCUCGUCUGGCCUUAGCUGACAGGGAACUUCUUUGGAUUAAUCUCCUGAGCACUGCUCACCCUCUUGGUCUCAAUGACAACAUAAAAGGUUCUGGUAAUAUUUCUAAAAGCAACUUUAACGAUAUUUAUUUUAAAAGUAAAAUAAAAAGAUAUAAAAGAGGACAUGGC